AUGGAUCUAAGCGCAAUUUCAAACAACAAAGGCGGAUCUCCUAGGUCCAUGGAACCCCAUAAACCAUAUCUUCGAUUGCAUGUUAUGCUAUUAGAGAUGCCAAAUAGUGAAUCAUUGAAAGAAGAAUUUUCAACUAUAGAUUUCCUGUGGCUUCGAAGAGUAAUUAACAAUCCCUGGCCAAAUAUGGUCAAGUUAGUGGUAUAUCGCUUUUUACACAUGCGCAACCUCUACCAGAUCGACCAGGGUGAUCAGAUCAAUGAACUUGUCGAUUACAUAUUCAGAAACGGGGAAUUUCCAAAUAAUCAAGAUUGCAGAGCACAAAUGAUUCACCGAUGCAAAAAAUUGAUCCUCUCAACUUCUCAAUGGAUAUCAAAUGGUAUAUUGAUGUACAAUGAAGAAAACCGUCUGGUCAAGAGCGCAGCUUUCCAAAACGCUUGGAACAAUCAAAUCAUCAUCAUGCGAAACAGAAUCAAGAUCACCAAUAAAAAAGUACCUGUGGUUGAAGUACCGAACGAUAUUCCUGCAAAGGUUUCGGAAUCCAACAGUGUGAUAACUGAGGUAUCUGUCGCAGCCCCGAGCCCAUUACUGGAAGGAAGGCAGAAUAGCUCCGAAAUGAUCACCACUACCGAACCCCUCAUCAAAGCUGACCCCGAUGAACCUGUAGGGUUAGUUGAAGAGAAUAAGACAGUGUCUCGAGUGAAGUUGGAACACCUUGACUCAGAACAAGCUCAACCGGUACUGGGAGAUACUUCACUAAAUGUUACAGAUGAGACAUAUCAUUUUUCUGCCUCUUACUGUCAUGGUUUGCCUAAUUUUGGGUCCGAUAUUCCUGAUAGCCAGGUUCCACCACUGGACACGACUUCAACUUUUCAGUCCAGUCCUUCACAAAAUAGUAUCAUGGCUGAAGUCAUAUUCUUCAAGGACUCGAAGCGUAUCAACUACUCUUCCGAAGCUUUACUUUCACACCAUACCCAAAAGUUCAAAACCUGUGCACAGAUAACUGUGCUCACCCCAAACAAAGUCGGUCGAAAAGUUGUUCGUGAUGCAAUGAGUUUGAUCUGGGACAGUAAUCAUGACUUAGCCAUCUUCUGGAAAUCGGUGGCUUUGCGAACGUCUACCAUGAUUAAAAUCACGUUCCCUGAUGCCGCUUGGUUACCUGGAGUCACUGUUGACAUUAAUAGCGAUGACGACCUUCUCAGAGCUAGACAGAUUAUCUGGGAUAGCUUCUGGAUAUUCGUUGCCAAGCAACCAGAAACUAUUGUCUCGACUUUCAAUAUCAAUGCAACCCCCGAAAGCCCCCAACUCUCGGUAGCACUCUCUAAGCGACAACGGAAUAGUGUACCUAAUGAUGCUAUAUCUAUUCACCAAGAGGACGGCUCAAGCCCUUGUUCCAACGAUGCAUAUGAUGUAGCAUUCCGAAAUUACAUGGCUAAAAUCAAUAGCCAGAGGUCUCACGACAAUUCUGUUCCAUGUGAGGGAAGCCAAAGUAUCGGCCAAGUUCCAAUGUCACCAGAAUCAUUUCCGUUACUAAAAAGACCUGCCAAGCGACCGCGCUUGACAGAACAACAGCCCACAAGAACUCAAACAGAACUUGCAAAUACCACAUCAAAUCCCAUACCUGCGGAACAACAGAUACAGCCACAGAUACCACAACAGCAGAUGCCACAACACCAAACACAUCAGCAAGAACAGGGUCUGCACCUAAUUCGAUCACUUGCAGGGUCUCACAUCCUGGGAUCUGCGUAUCAUCCUCAGUCACAACGACUCAUACAAGCCCAGUCUCUCCAGCAAAACAGCAUUCGCACUCAACCACGGACCAGCCUUUCAUCGACAGAGACAGCUGUCUUUCACCAUGAGCCGAAUAAUUCAUUCGCGUCAUACGCACAUCAAGCAUCGCCACGUACGAACUAUUCUCCCCGUUCGCAGACUUUACCAGCGAUGCCUCCUACUCCAAUUACAACCCAUGAAAGCAUGCACUCUCAACACAUUCCUCAAAUUCUCGCAUCCACUCUUACCUCUCCGAACCAAUAUCCUCCUUAUACCCACGCAUCAGCACCAAUAGCUCUUCCUGGAACCAUGGCUCGAUCUCAACGUUCCCCAUUUUCAACACACGUUCCACCGUCAAUGCCAGUACCAAGACUCAAUCAUCACACCCAGAUUUUCAAUCAUCCGGCAUUACCCCAAUCUCCACCAAUUACCCCUCAGUCUCACCGCUUUCCUACACAUCCCCCCUCCAAUGCAACUCCAACUCCAACUCCAACCCCAACUCCAACCAUCCAAUUCCGCAUCCAACUCCAACCCAACGGCCCCUUCAGCCCCCCCUACCCCAAAUCCAUCCUCGGCAUCCCAGGUAAACCCGCAAUCACCACCUCCCAAUUCUUCACCUCCUUCACCGCAAACACCAGUCCGAUCCCCGGAAAAAAUCCCGACUCCCUAACCUUCCGACUCAAAGACGCAGUGCCAUUCCCAAUCGCAUACACCGUUUCUCGAUCGGGAACAGUAGAUGGAGUCGAUGCUUUGGUAAAGCUGAGAGCAGAUAUCAAGAGAGAGUGUGAGAAUGCGGGGAAACUGGUCAUGGGAUUGGAAAAAUUCGAGAUUUACGUUAGUAUCACGGAAGAAACAAGUAGGGAGAAGGAGGUGGAGCUGCCUGGGCAGGUGUUGGGGGAAGAGUGGUAA